AUGAUCUUCCCCAAGCUUGGCCAGAAACUGCGCCCCUCCUUGGACAGGUUUGAGAGGCGAUGUGGAGAGACGCUUCAAAGACAUGCAGAGGAUGUAUUGGCUGCAGCAGAUUCUUUUCAGGAUCUGGGCAAAGCCAGUCAGAAGAUCUUCUACUUGCAUUCGUUCCUAGGCUACCCCCGAGAUCCUAUGCAAGGCAAACUUAUGGAAGCCUGCCGCAGAAUUGCCGCUUCGCUUGAGGAUGGCGAGGAUGGUGAUGUUGAAGAUGUCCUGUCCACGGUGUAUAAAACCAGUUUGUUCCACAACUAUGGCCACGGCUCGUAUUUCAGCUGGUCCAACGAGAAUGCCAGCAAUGCCAUCGAGGAGUUUGAAGACCUAGUGAUUGGUUUCUUCGAUAAGUCUGUUACUGGGCUCAACCUCACAGAGUGUUUGGGAAGCCUCGGCUGGAAGCUCCCAAACAUCUACGAGGACUUCAUGGAAAUCCUCAGAACGAAGAUCCGACCCUACCCGGCCCCAGAGGAGAUGGAUACGAAGGUCUUAUAUCACACCAUGUACUUCGUGACACACCUGGUCUACUUCUUCACAGGUUUCGGCCUGGAGACUUUGAAAGGGGUUGCGAGAUUGGAGAUGCAGCCGGAACUGCGAUUCUUGGAGGCAGCCCUGCCAUUGCUGUCCACAGGAGCUCAUGCACCACAGCACAAACUGGAAGAGACCGACAUUCUCGGCGAAGUCAUCUACUGCCAUAUUCUGCUCGGGGCAGACGAUUCCGAUCCGCGAAUCCGCCAAAAGAGACUCGCGAUCGUUGCAAAACAGCGGCAGGACGGCCUUUUUGGAAGCAGCCCUGAUGAUGACGAUGACGACGAUGAUGAUGGCCUGGACCAUGCGACUUACAAUGCCCUCACAGCUCUGAUCCCUCAUUCGUGGUUCCCAAAGCCUGCGAGUACAAAAAAGCUGUCCAUGAUGACACCAGCUGCUCUCGACGAGCUUCUCCGACAAGCAGGCAUCCUCGGCCCAAGGCGAGUGAACGUCGCAUCGGAUGACGAAUGA